AUGUCAGCAACUACCGGUACAUUAGAGGCUACUUUCGUAAGAGGCGUCGCAGCUGCCACUGCUACUAGAGCAUCAUACGACGUGAGUGACACUAUAUAUUCGUACCUACCUAAAGUCGACCAAUUUUAUAUUCCUGAAUGGCUUACAAUGCAAUUUAUUGCCAACAAUCUAAUCAGUUUCACCCCCCUAUUCUCUUAUGGUACCACAAUCAUCAGCAUCGAGAAAUGUAAGACCGCUCUGGGGUUUUCCAUAGAUAUUUGUGCCACAAUGUUGAUUGCUAGCAUCCUAAGGAUAUCUUACUAUCUCAUUACACCAUACGAAAUUACAUUGUUGAGGCAGUCACUAGUGAUGAUUUUUAUUCAAUUGAUCUUACUAAGGACAAGUUUAAAAUAUAGACCCGACGAAUACAAAUAUCAAAAUCUUACCGAUGUCGAGUCAUUGUCACACUUGAUUCAUGACAUAUGGUUUGAAUUUUUCAGCUGCAUUAAUAGACCGAAAUUUUUAAGUGAAGAUUGGAAGAAUUUGAUCAGGUCGCUAUCGUUCACAAACUUGUUGAAAUUUUCAUUCAAAAUUUUCUUAGCAUUCUUUUACAAAAUUUUGAAAUUUUUUGACCCAAACUUCAAAAGGUUUGGGGGAUUUUGGCAAUGGGACGAUGAUAAAAAUUUCUGGAGAUUUUUGGCGCUUUUUGCGACCGUGCAAUUACUAGUCACAUUUUUUAUCUCGAACAUUUUAGACUGGGACUCAUUAGCUCAAGGCUUGGGCUCUAUCAUAGGGUCUUUAGGUUUGUUAGUAGAGUCCCUCUUACCACUGCCACAAAUUGCCAUUCUCUAUAAAUUAAAAUCCGUUCAAGGUUUCAAAUUGAUCCUAUUGGUAAGUUGGCUCUGUGGUGAUACCCUGAAAAUCACUUACCUGAUAUUUGGUGCAAAGAAUAUUUCUGCCUUGUUUGUUAUUUUUGCAUUAUUUCAGAUGUCCCUAGAUUUUUACAUCGGCGGUCAAUACAUUUACUACAGAUACUACUAUCCAAAGCUAAGACAUCAACACCACCCCAAUGACAGUAAUCCGCCAUCAGAUGAAGAUGAAAGCGAAAUGUACGAAUUGGAUCUUUUCAAUACUUUACAAAAAGAUGUUGAAAAAGCCUUAAAACAUGAUAGUAACGAUACAUCAGACUCAGUUCAAGAUGAUCAAGUAGGGAAAUCUCAGGCCCAUGCGGUAGCGGUAUAG